AAUGACCACCCGCAAAGCUUCCUCGUCGACGGAAGGCUUCUUCCAGGCCUUGCCCGUCGUUCCACCUUUGUUCACCUACAACAAAUCCAAAGGCUUGCCGAAAAGUGACACGACUAGGUCUGACGAUGAAGUCCUCGACAGGGUACUCUCACUGUAUAUUCCGUCCAACGCCGAGCAAGAAGUGUGCGGAUCGAUUCACGAAUUUUGCCGCCUCGCCAAUGCACCUUCUACCCUUCGUCUGACCGUGGAUUGUGAGAUAAAUCAGCCGUCACUACAUCCGCUGAAUACCUUUGGCGACAUUAACAAAGUCGACCCCCUUAGGACCAGUGAAGGAUGGAGAGGCUUGAAGAAAAUUGGAAUUUUAGCCGGUACUGUGGCAAAGGGCUACCCGCAACCAGGCGAAGCGAGUCCAGUAAGCUGGAAUAGAAGAGUGCAGCAGUUUGGCUUGAUACACGUCUGGUCUGGUGCCGAUGCCCUUGUUAUGUGUCCGGCGUCAAUGACCGACGGCGCCGCAAAAUUGCUCUCGACGCAUCUAAAAGACAGUGACGGCGACCAGCCAGGCCUUUCAGCAGUCUUGAAUGAAGUUUACAAGCGACUAAUCUCGCCAGAUCCUGGCUUCGCCUGGAGCAGUGGCCAAUGGAUGACAGAACGACCCGGAGGAAGCAACGUUCGGGACACCGAAACCACCGCAAAAAGACUCAGUCGAACAGAAAUCAACAUCGACAAUCAAAACGGACGCCAGUUUGACGCCCACGGCAUGCCAUUGGGACCAUGGUGGAUCGAUGGAUUCAAGUGGUUCAGCAGCGCAACCGACUCUGACAUGGCGUUGAUGCUUGCAUACACCGAAAAUGGUCUCAGCGCAUUCUACGCUCCGAUGCGCCGCCGCAGUGGUGAUAUUGCUCCAGGGCAGAAUGAGCUCAACGGCAUCCGGAUUCAGCGGUUGAAGAACAAAAUGGGCACAAAAGGCCUGCCCACAGCAGAGUUAGAACUUCGAGGCACUCGUGGCUGGCUCAUCGGACAAGAAGGAAAGGGCGUCAAGGAGAUAUCCACUCUUUUGAAUCUAACGAGGUUGCACACCGCAAUGGGCGGUACAGGAUAUUGGGCACGCUCUCUCACAGUCAGUCGAGCUUUUACCAAGGUACGAAACAGCGCCGACGGGCCACUUGCGGAGAACCCGCAGCAUCUGAGGUGGAUGGCAGCGGAGACCGUCAAAUAUUGGGCCGCAGUCCACCUAUCGUUCUUUGGCACUGCUCUUUUGGGUGCGUCCGAGCAAGAAUCUGUUAUGCGAGAGACCCGAGCGCAAAAGUUAAUCCCAGACCAAAAGUCGAUGCUUGAGACGCUUUUGCGAUUGUUGACCCCUGUCAUGAAGGCACGAGUUUCUCUGCAGAGUGUUCUUGGUGUCCGCGAAUGCAUGGAAAGCCUGGGUGGCGUCGGCUACUGCGAGAACAACGAGGAUGGCGGGAUCUUGAACAUUGCUCGAAUCUUCCGCGACUCGGUGGUCGGACCAAUCUGGGAAGGCACUGUGAAUAUCAUGGCCGAGGAUACCAUCAGGGUUAUCAAGGACAAGCGUCUGGGUGGGGGGAAUGUCCUUGAAAACGUGCUCCAAAAAUGGGCCGAAACCGUGCUCAAGGCGUGUGAGGAUGGCGGCAGAUUCCAUGAUGAGUGCGCAAUAGUCAGAGAGAGGUUGGCAGUCCUCGUCAAGUUGACGGAAGAGAUGGAGGUUGCCCGGUUGCACUGGGAAGGACGGAACAUCCUGGAACAUAUUGAGGCUGUUGUCUGCUCCUGUCUUCUGAUGUACGACGCCUCGGUGGACGGAGAUAAAAUCGUGACUGAAAUUGCAAAACGCUGGGUCUGGUCUAAAGCUCUUGUUGCUCAUGGGCAUACUCACUACGGGCAGGAUUGGAGAGGUCAAGUGGCGUUGGACAAGAGGAUCUUUCUCGGUGCUAAUCCUCAAGUAACUGCAUUGCAAGCUCGACUAUAAGUAGAUGGUCUGGAGCGAUCAUGAAGUAGUACAGGUGCUGGGAGGAAC